AUGGCGUGGACAAGCUAUGCUCUACUUCUGCAUACAAAAAUCAAAAUGAGGAGUGUUUUCAUCUUAGCUAUCCUUGCCUGCGUCUUGGCCCUGGCAUACGGUGACCUUGUUUGUGGCAGAAAAUACUGCGAGCAACAUCCAUGCACGGCAACUCAACCCGCACCCACCAGCUGCAGGUCACCCUCAAUCUAUCGCGCUAAGCACGCUGGCAAAUGCGCCUGCUGUCCGGCUUGUGUGACCUUACUAGCUGAAGGAGCGGCUUGCAAGACCUACAGCAAAGAGCUUGGAGAGACACCAUCCGCAAUCUGCCGCGAGCCACUCACUUGCUUGAAAGUUACAAUCCAUUUACCACGUGUUCGUGGUGAAGGAAAACAUCGUGAGGAAACACGCAUGUCUGAGGAAUAA